ACUGUAACAAACAAUAAUAUGAAUACAAUACUAUACGUAUAAAACUUUAUUGUUUUUUCAAUAAAUUUUCCGGUAUAUAAUGUGUUUACGUCUCUGUAUUAUUUUAUACCCAUAAUAAUAUUAUAUAGUCACGACGAGUUGUAACACAACAGUUGAAGAUGAGCGCUGCUUGACGGUGGUCCUGCGUCCUCGCGCAUACGUAUCCUCCCUCUCCCCACCACGAAAUCCGAAGGCACCGCGAGUCGUCAGAUGCUCAGAUAAUGAUAUUAUAAUAUAUCUGCAGUAAAGUAUACCACACUGCAACCAGUUCUACCUCGGCCGUCUGGCGUCUGCAUUCCUGCGACCGGUUGAACGUGGUAUAAUCAUUAAUCAGUCGUAGCUGGGCCGUCACUCGUUUCCUGCCGUACUGCGAGGCGUACGAUAUAAGCGAUACGAUCAUCUGCUCCGUGUCGUAUCGAUUUUCGACAUAAAAUCGUGCAAUCGUUCGUAUUGAAUAACUUUUCACGUAGGGCGUAGGUGUACACCUUGCAGGUAAAAAUAUGAACAAAAUACUUGGCACGUUCACGAGAGUCCUGCAGAACCGGCGGACAGCGUUUUUGCUUUUCCGCACGACUACUGUAAACCGGGAAAAUCACUUUCGGUCUAUGAGCGCGGUUCGCACGCCUCCGGUGACUCCGGUUUUAAUGGGUACAGCGAUCAGCAAGGAAGAGCUUGGGAAUUUUAUGGCAGCAUUCCCAGGCAUUGUCAAGGAUCUGACGGACAACGGCGUUAAGUUGGACGCGCCCGACGUCACUAAAUGGUUCGAAAACGUGUUGCGAUACAACGUACCCGGUGGUAAUAAUAAUCGAGCAUUGACGUUGGUACAAUCAUUCAAGACGCUAUCCUCGCCGUCCGUUCUGACAGAUGAAAAUCUUAAAUUAUCCUAUAUACUAGGAUGGUGUGUUGAAAUCCUGCAAGCCUAUCAAUUAGUGUUGGAUGAUGUGAUGGAUAAUGCUAUUACUAGACGAGGACAUCUGUGUUGGUUUCGACAAAAAGAUAUUGGUCUAAUAGCAGUGAACGAUGCUCUUCUCCUUGAACAGGCCAUUUACCAAUUACUUAAAAAACACUUCAAGGAUAAGCCUUAUUAUACGCACAUUCUGGAACUGUUCUAUGACGUUAAAAUGAAAUCUGCGAUGGGCCAGUGUCUCGAUAUGUUAAUUGCGAAAAGCUUCAAGCAUAAAAAACUUGAAAAGUACACUAUGGACAGUUAUACAGCUAUUGUGAAAUAUAAGACUGCGUAUUAUUCGUUUUAUCUUCCUGUGUGUCUCGCCAUGCACAUGACAAACACCAAUGACCAAGAUAUUUUUAGACAAUCAAAGGCCAUAUUGCUUGAAAUCGGUCAAUUAUUUCAAGUUCAAGAUGACUUUUUAGACUGUUAUGGAGAUCCAGAGGUCACAGGAAAAAUUGGCACGGACAUAGAAGAUGGAAAAUGUACUUGGUUGGCUGUAGUAGCUUUACAAAAAAUCAAUUCUGAACAAAAGAAAAUUAUGGAGGAUAAUUACGGUAUUGACAAUCCAGCCAAUGUUGCAGUCAUCAAAGAUUUGUAUGAACAGUUGAAAUUACCAAAUGCGUUUCAACUUUACGAAGAAGAUAUUUAUAAAUUAAUAAAUACUCGUAUUCAAAAUUUGUCGCAAGGUUUGCUACAAGACAUGUUUUUUAAAUUCUUGGAAAAGAUUUAUAAGAGAACCUUCUAAUUUAAAAUCUUUAUCAAUUUCAUUAAUCCACAUUUUUACGAUUUACAUUACCUAUAUUAUAUAAAUAAUAAUAAUAUUUUUUAGAUUUAGUCAAUUAAUUUUAUACAAUUUUAAAAAAUCAAUAUGCUCUAAACAUAUACAA